CCAUCACUAAUUCUCAUAGAGAAGCAGGAAGUGAUAGGUUUGGUUUAUCCAGUUGUUCUGGUCCCGGUCCAGGUGCUGGUUGUGUCAGACAGUGUCUAAACCCCUCUGGUUCAGAAUGCUCGCCGGUGGUUUUCAGUAGAGUAUAUUAUAGAGGUAGUACCGGUUAAUUGGUGAUGCUGGGUGGGAGCGUGUACGCGCUGCUGGCGGGGUUUCUGGGGGCUGCGGCGUCCUGCAGCGCUAAACUGUCUCUAGGAGCGAGUUACCUGACAGAGCUGUGUGAGCGCGGAGUGAGGAGCUGGGCUGUGGAAGACAGCAGGAUUCUCAGCCUUAAUGUCGACCCAGCAGCCUGUGAAUGGCUCCACAUUCCUUUGAGAUUGCUGUGUGGACUGCUGCUCUUUAUCUGUAAUGCUGUGAUGUGGACAUUCUUUGCCAAAGCUCUCAGGCAUUCAUCGUCCUCUGCCCAGGCGACUGUAACCACAACUGCUUCUAAUUUUAUCUCUUCUGCAUUCCUUGGAUAUGUGAUAUUUGGAGAAAGCCAUGCACUGUUGUGGUGGGUCGGCAUCUUCAUAACCUUGUUGGGGCUGUUCAUAUUGCAUGGCUCAUCUUCCCAGGAUCAACAGUUGGAUGUGAAGAAAGAAGAAUAAGACAACAGCAGUGACAUCCACGGGAAAAGAUGCAAGCAAGACCAAUAUAAAAAUGGAACCGAUGUUUACAUUGAACUGGUGAUAGUCAUUUACUCUUAAUCUUAUGUUUACCACCAGCAAAGGGCUGAUCUAUUGAUGUUUAAAAUAUACAGGUUUUAUGCAGUUAUUUUUAUUUAUUUUGGUGAGUUUAUAUUACCGUAUUUUCUACAUUGUAUUCUGUGAUAUGCACAGAUGAUUCAAAACAUUAAGACCACUCACAUAGAUGAACCGCAUAUAAUUAAUUUUCUCAUACAAAAUGUACAUAUCAUCUAUCGUAAAUUUCAUAAAUGUAAUAAAAUGACACGGUUGCAGCUGUAUUUUGCACAUGCACAAAUACAUACACUGAAAAUGUAAUUAAUAAAAUUCAUAAAACAUUGUUCAAGGACUCCUAUUUCAGGCUAGUGAAUCUUUCGAGUAAAGUGAAGUAUGAAAUGAAACUCCACAGAGCAAAUAUAUUUGGAAUAAAACAU